AUGGCUGGAACCAGUCCCGCGCUGAAAUGGGGCGGCAUCUUCCUCCUCACGUCCAUUGGGUACUUUGUCUUUAAGCUUUACCAGCAGCGGGUCUUUUUUCGGCGAUCGGUCAAAAAGUACAACCUUCCAACACUACCUGGUCACUCAUGGCUUCUAGGUAACCUCAUCGCCGUGGGCAAAAUCAUGAUGAAGUAUCCGGAAGACGUCCACGGUCAAUUGAUGCCAGAUUUCCUCGCUCGAGACUACCCUGAAAUCGCGGAGCUGGGCAUUUGUUACAUCGAUCUGUGGCCCAUCUCAUGGCCGAUGUUGGCAGCCUUUCAUCCUGAUAUCGCGGCGCAGUUUACUCAAGAAACGUCACGACCAAAGCAUGAAAUUAUCAGAUGUCAAUUUCGACCGUUGACGGGGUUAAAAGAUCUUGUUCUGUCCGAAGGAGCGUUCUGGAAGAAAUGGCGAGCGACCUUCAAUCCUGGUUUUUCGACGCAAAACAUCACGGCCCUGGUUCCUGAGUUCAUUGAAGAGGCAUUGAUUUGGAAGAAAUACCUGCAAGAGAUCGCUAAAGAUGGACGUGUUGUCCCCCUUGAAGAUUGUGUCAUGAAGGCUACUUGCGAUAUCAUCGGUCGUUCUGUCUUGGGUAUAAGUCUGGGCAUUCAAACAGGCGUUGACGACAAGAUUUUCCCGACACUCAAAAGUGCCAUCUCACUGCUUGUCACAGACUGGUCGCCACCUCAAUGGAGUAGACUUCUAAAUCCUUUCCGUCACUCUCGCCUCGCGUCUCUAAACCGUCAACUUCGCAGCCAACUCCAGCCACUGAUAGAAGCUCAACUUCAAAAUCACGAACGCAACGAGGGGCCGAAGACCGUGAAUGGUCUCGCCAUCAGAACGUAUAUGAAGGAAUAUGGCUCCGAAGGCACUUCAGGGAGCACUAUUGACUCUGACUUUCUGGAUGUCACAAUUGAGAAUCUGAAGAUCUUCCUCUUCGCUGGCCAUGACACCACGGCAUCUACGCUCUGCUUUGCUUACAAUUAUCUUUACCAACAUCCAGAUGUCCUUGCCAAGUUGCGGCUGGAGCACGAUGCAGUCUUGGGAACUGACCCAUCUGAUGCAACCAGAAGGAUAUCUGAAACCCCGACAUUGCUCAAUCAGCUCUCUUAUACCACUGCGAUCAUAAAAGAGACUCUGAGAUUAGAACCGCCAAUUGGAUCUUGCCGAGAAGGCUCUCCGACAUUCUUCCUGAGACAUCCUGAGACAGGGCAGCAGCUUCCAACAGACGGCUUCAUCCUCUUCUCAGCAAGCAAGGCCAUCCACAGAAAUUCUAAGUUCUGGUCUGAGCCUGACAAGUUUAUUCCGGAAAGAUGGCUUGAUCCUGUCGCUCAUAAGAAUGCGUUUCGUCCAUUUGAGCUAGGUCCUCGGGGAUGUAUUGGUCAGGAAUUGGCUUUGACAGAGUUGAGACUUCUUCUUGCUAUGACCGUUAGGGAGCUUGAGAUUGUGCCUGCAUACAAGGAAAAGGACGAAGUUCUGUUGGGAUAUCAAGCUUAUCAGGCACAAAUGCCUGGAGAGCUGACAGCACAUCCCAGUAAGGGUAUGCCUGUCACGGUAUGUCUUAGGAAGGCCGGAAAUACCAAGGAAUAGAAUGGAGGUUCUGCGAAGCCAGUCUAUGGGAGACCUGUGACUUGUGAAACGCAAUGGCGGCGUUGGAGGUUGAGACAUACUACAGCCAGUCCGCACGCGAAGCCAUCGAGGUGGCAUAAGCAGGAAAAAUGACGAAAAGGCAACAGAUCAUAUAUUGAUAAAUCAUCUGUCUUACUAACAUCUCAGAGUUGGAGGAUAGAUUGCGUUGAGCCUCCAUCCAAACGUGCUCAAGCCUCCAGGCGCCGAUCAGCCCAACGGACUCGAGGGCGCUUCAGACCUGCACCACAUCCUUCUUCAGCCCAUAGUCGGCGAUACCCAUCCUAGAUUGCAUAAUUUCCAACUCCUCCUGACCUGCAUGGUCACCGAAGAUCUCGUCCAUCUGCUCCAACGUCUUCCCCUUAGUCUCUGGGACCAGGAAGAACGCCCAAACAGCCGCGAGGAAACACCAAGACCCGAAGAAGAUAUAAACGCCGAAACCGAUACUCUCAAUCAUCGGCGGUGUUGCGACGCCCACAAUGAAAUUGAAGAGCCAGACUGUGGCUGUAGCAAGUGCUACUCCCUUGGACCUAGAGGCGUUGGGAAAGACUUCGGCGGGAAGAGCCCAGCCCAAUGGAGCAUAGGAGACUCCGUAGAUGAGGAUGAAGCAAAAGGCCAUUGCCACGGCAGCCCAGCCUGCAGACGGAUUGGAACUCCACUUGUCAUUGAAUACACCCACUAAAACUGCCAUGAUGCCCCAUGCUGUGCCACCUCCAAUGCCGCCCCAG